AUGUACGCUCAUCUACAGCCGUCCAUAUACGCCCAUCUACACCCGUCCAUGUACGUCCAUCUAUACCCGUCCAUGUACGUCCAUCUAUACCCGUCCAUCCGUCCAUCUACAGCCGUCCAUAUACGCCCAUCUACACCCGUCCAUGUACGUCCAUCUAUAGCCGUUCAUGUACGCCCAUCUACAGCCGUUCAUGUACGUCCAUCUAUAGCCGUCCAUGUACGUCCAUCUAUACCCGUCCAUGUACGCCCAUCUACAGCCGUUCAUGUACGUUCAUGUACAGCCGUCCAUGUACGUCCAUCUACACCCGUCUAUGUACGUCCAUCUACACCCGUCCAUGUACGCCCAUCUACAGCCGUUCAUGUACGUUCAUCUACAGCCGUCCAUGUACGUCCAUCUACACCCAUCUAUGUACGCCCAUCUACACCCGUCCAUGUACGCCCAUCUACAGCCGUUCAUGUACGUCCAUCUACACCCAUCUAUGUACGCCCAUCUACAGCCGUUCAUGUACGUCCAUCUACACCCGUCCAUGUACGUCCAUCUACACCCGUCUAUGUACGCCCAUCUACAGCCGUUCAUGUACGUUCAUCUACAGCCGUCCAUGUACGUCCAUCUACACCCGUCUAUGUACGCCCAUCUACAGCCGUUCGUGUACGUCCAUCUACACCUGUCUAUGUACGUCCAUCUAUACCCGUCCAUGUACGCCCAUCUACAGCCGUCCAUCUAGACCCGUCCAUGUACGCCCAUCUACAGCCGUCCAUCUACACCCGUCCAUGUACGCCCAUCUACAGCCGUCCAUCUACACCCGUUCAUGUACGCCCAUUUACACCCGUCCAUGUACGUCCAUCUACACCCGUCUAUGUACGCCCAUCUACAGCCGUUCAUGUACGUCCAUGUACAGCCGUCCAUGUACGUCCAUCUACACCCGUCUAUGUACGUCCAUCUACACCCGUCCAUGUACGCCCAUCUACAGCCGUUCAUGUACGUUCAUCUACAGCCGUCCAUGUACGUCCAUCUACACCCAUCUAUGUACGCCCAUCUACAGCCGUUCAUGUACGUCCAUCUACACCGUCCAUGUACGCCCAUCUACAGCCGUCCAUCUACACCCGUUCAUGUACGCCCAUUUACACCCGUCCAUGUACGUCCAUCUACACCCGUCUAUGUACGCCCAUCUACAGCCGUUCAUGUACGUUCAUCUACAGCCGUCCAUGUACGUCCAUCUACACCCGUCUACGUACGCCCAUCUACAGCCAUUCGUGUACGUCCAUCUACACCUGUCUAUGUACGUCCAUCUAUACCCGUCCAUGUACGCCCAUCUACAGCCGUCCAUCUACACCCGUCCAUGUACGCCCAUCUACAGCCGUCCAUCUACACCCGUCCAUGUACGCCCAUCUACAGCCGUCCAUCUACACCCGUUCAUGUACGCCCAUUUACACCCGUCCAUGUACGUCCAUCUACACCCGUCUAUGUACGCCCAUCUACAGCCGUUCAUGUACGUUCAUCUACAGCCGUCCAUGUACGUCCAUCUACACCCGUCUAUGUACGCCCAUCUACAGCCGUUCGUGUACGUCCAUCUACACCUGUCUAUGUACGUCCAUCUAUACCCGUCCAUGUACGCCCAUCUACAGCCGUCCAUCUACACCCGUCCAUGUACGCCCAUCUACAGCCGUCCAUCUACACCCGUCCAUGUACGCCCAUCUACAGCCGUCCAUCUACACCCGUUCAUGUACGCCCAUUUACAGCCGUCCAUGUACGUCCAUCUACACCCGUCUAUGUACGCCCAUCUACAGCCGUUCAUGUACGUUCAUGUACAGCCGUCCAUGUACGUCCAUCUACACCCGUCUAUGUACGUCCAUCUACACCCGUCCAUGUACGCCCAUCUACAGCCGUUCAUGUACGUUCAUCUACAGCCGUCCAUGUACGUCCAUCUACACCCAUCUAUGUACGCCCAUCUACAGCCGUUCAUGUACGUCCAUCUACACCCGUCCAUGUACGCCCAUCUACAGCCGUCCAUCUACACCCGUUCAUGUACGCCCAUUUACACCCGUCCAUGUACGUCCAUCUACACCCGUCUAUGUACGCCCAUCUACAGCCGUUCAUGUACGUUCAUCUACAGCCGUCCAUGUACGUCCAUCUACACCCGUCUAUGUACGCCCAUCUACAGCCGUUCGUGUACGUCCAUCUACACCUGUCUAUGUACGUCCAUCUAUACCCGUCCAUGUACGCCCAUCUACAGCCGUCCAUCUACACCCGUCCAUGUACGCCCAUCUACAGCCGUCCAUCUACACCCGUCCAUGUACGCCCAUCUACAGCCGUCCAUCUACACCCGUUCAUGUACGCCCAUUUACAGCCGUCCAUGUACGUCCAUCUACACCCGUCUAUGUACGCCCAUCUACAGCCGUUCAUGUACGUUCAUCUUCAGCCGUCCAUGUACGUCCAUCUACACCCGUCUAUGUACGCCCAUCUACAGCCGUUCGUGUACGUCCAUCUACAGCCGUCCAUGUACGUCCAUCUAUACCCGUCCAUGUACGCCCAUCUUCAGCCGUCCAUCUACACCCGUCCAUGUACGCCCAUCUACAGCCGUCCAUCUACACCCGUCCAUGUACGCCCAUCUACAGCCGUCCAUCUACACCCGUUCAUGUACGCCCAUUUACACCCGUCCAUGUACGUCCAUCUAUACCCGUCCAUGUACGCCCAUCUACAGCCGUUCGUGUACGUUCAUCUACAGCCGUCCAUGUACGUCCAUCUACACCCGUCCAUGUACGUCCAUCUAUACCCGUCCAUGUGCGCCCAUCUACACCCCUUCAUGUACGUCCUUAUACUGUUCCGAAUUUGUAA